CCUCCCACAGCCAUCAUAAAAACUAUACGCAAAAGCAGAGCGCUGUCCAGAAUGGUCUCUCUUUACCCCACCUUAGCAACUCUUUAUACUUUGUGCAUUUGGAUUGUCAAAUUUGCCGAAGGCUGUCCUGAUCUAUGGACUCCUAUGAACGGGAGAUGCUGCAAACAGUGUCCUCCAGGACAAUAUCUUGAGGAGUUCUGCGCAGAAAAAAAAGAAACCGUCUGUCGCCCGUGUCCUGACAACUCCUUCUCUCCACAACAUAACGCCUUUAACAAAUGUAUGCAAUGUAAUUCGUGCCGAGGUGCUCACCGAGAACACGAAGAGUUAUGUUCCCCAACCACAAACGCAAAAUGUUCGUGUCACCCUGGUUUCCUGUGUUCUGAUGACGCGUGCUCACAAUGUGUGGAAAAUAUAUGUGAUGCUGGUGAGAAAGCCGUGAAGACAGGAUCCGCUGCAGGGCUGAGGCCGUACAAGUGCCAGCCAGCAUGCCCUGAUCAUGAAUAUUUGGACAUGAAAAUGAAUAUCUGCAGGCCAAAACUACAGUGCAAAAAGGAAGGACUCGUGGAGCAGUUUCCGGGGAACAGAACCCAUGACGCAGUUUGCCAUAAACGCUCUGAACUACGACCCGACUCCUCACCAGACACUGACAGAGAUGCCCUCUGUGUGACCUGGCGCAUCGGAUGUGUGUUGCUGGCUCUCAUUCUUCUCGUGGUCCUGUCCCUCAACUCUAUAAAAGUUGCAAAGAACUGUAGAGCAGAUAAAACCACUGCUGCCACGCCAGUGACCGUUGAUGACUCACAGCUGUCCAAGGAAGAGAGUGGCCUUCAGCGGCUCAUCACCCAGACCGAUUCCAACAAGAGCCAACUCCAGGAAAUAGUCACCACCUUGCAAUAGGGAUGA